CGUACCAGGGUCCGGCGUGGUAAGCAUGCGCUUCGGCAAAUCGUGCAACUUCGAUUCUUCCAUCGCGCCUUCAAUGUUAUGUACUCCUUAAAUAUAACCUAAAAGGUGUCAAUCUGUUUAUAAUGUAACUUGUUACUUAAUUGAUAAUGGAUAAUAAUACAGAGUCUAUACCAGAAUUGUUAGCGAAUCAAAGACAGCUUCAGCGUGAAGAAGAUUUCAUCAUUCGCACGUUGUCGAAAAUCGAUAAGCAAUUACAUGCUCUCCAGGUAGAACAACUUCAUUUAUUAAACCGUAUGAAUACUGAGACAACUAGUACACCUGCUGCAAGUACUACACAUACAAACUCCAAAUGUCUUUCAAAUAAUGAAAAUGAUUCUAUAGAAAAUAUACUUAAAGAACUGGACCUUACUAUACCUUCAUCAACUUUAAGUCCUGAAGAGGAAGUAGAAGAAGAUGAAGAUGACUAAUAGGUUUGAGACUAACAAUAUUUUUUCAAUUAAAGCGUAAUUGCUUUCUCUUAUAAUGUGAUGAUUACAAGAUAAUUUAUUGAAUAAGUUUGGUGAAAAAAUAAACUGUACC